AUGUCUGGUACAACUUCACCCAUUUCUAGCAUAUAUAGUAACAGUAAUAGCAACAGCAGUAAUAGCAAAUUUAAAACUAGCAAUGGUAGUUAUGGUAACAACAAUAAUAACUUUAAUGUUUCAUGGUAUAGAAGUCACGGAUAUCAUCCACCUUUUGAUUUUUGGUUGAUUAUGCAUUGGAUUAUUAUGAUUACACUUAUAAUAGGAUAUUUUGAAUUUUCACUCAAAUUUGUUUCUUUAACCGAUACAUCAGAUUUUAAAGUUAUAAAAGAGGGAAGAGGAAGAGAUUUGUCUUAUCCAGGAACUAAAGGUGCACCCAUAGUAGUGGAUGUACAUAAAAUAUUUUCAUCUACAAAUUCAAAUAUAGUUAUAUUUGGAUUAUUUGUUAAUAUACUAUUAAUAUUUCUAAGUUCAGUUGUUGCAUUAUUUGUUGGAUAUUUAUUAUUCUUUCAUUUGAGACUUUAUUUAAUGGACAUGUCAACAGUUGAAUAUUUAAGUCAUCGACAACAAAUUGGAUAUUAUACCAAUGUACACUACGAAGAUGAAUAUGACGAGAAUCCUUGGAGAAGACCUUAUUAUUCAAAUCCAUGGCAUAGAAGAUUAAUGUGUUGGGCAAAAGAGUUCAGAAAAAAAGAUAAACUUUCAUCAUCUUGGGAUUCAACUCAUCAUAAUAGGUUUGAUGUAUAUAAUGUAUAA